AUGAGUUCGGGCUUUGUGACUGAAGCUGAGGCCACCGAGCAAAGGCAGAGACGUCAGGAGGAAUGGGAGCGUGUACGUCAGCCGGAGGAUCCACUAGAACGACCUGAGGAACCCUACGAUGGGCGCUCACUGUAUGAACGCCUCAAACAAAAUAAGGACAAGAAGGACAUGGAGUUUGAGGAAGCCCACAAGCUGAAAAACCUCAUCCGUGGUCUGGACGAUGAUGAGGUGCAGUUUCUGGAAUUGGUCGAUGCCCAUAAAAUACACGCGGAGCGCCAGCAAAUGCGCGACGAGGAGCUAGAACUAAAGGAUUUCCGCAAUCGUGUGGAAAAGCUGCAGGAGGAGAGUGUAGACAAGAAACUGCAAGCUGAACUAAAAACCACAGCAAAGUCCGCGGGAGCAUCGGUCGGGCGUAGCACUCAGAAGACGCUGCUCGGCCAGGGUAUCAAGAGAAAAAACGGCGAACUGCCCACCACCAGUAAAGUAGCCAAAAUCACUGAGAAUGAGGUCGAACAGACAGCGACAAAUGAAGCAACCAAGGACCCUGCCGAUAAGACAACGAACACCACAUUAACUACAAACAAAUACAACCAGGGGGCCCUAAAGUGCAUCGCUGUACUUCCGGGUAUCGGCUCCUACACGGAGUCUAGUGACUCGGAGGCCAGCACUGAUGAGGAGGAACCCAGUAUUUGCAGCCGAACCGACUUAUGUGGCCGCAAAAUUCCCAAGAAGAAGCAGUGCUCAGAGUAGGAUCAACUUUUUAUUUGGAUUCUUAAAGUGUAGUUUUUCCUUGCAAGAGAAUAUAGCCUAGAGUGUAAACGUAA